GCGUCAUAAAAGGCAGAACUUCCUGUGUCAGUUUGGAGUGAAGGGUAUAUGGUUGGUCCAAAACGCCACACCCCUAGAGUGCUGAUCCCGGAUCAGGCUUUUGAUUCAGAAACCACAGUCCUUAUUUGCAGGAGACACAGCGUGGGUGUCGGCGUGGGUACAUGUUUAUUCUCCUACUGAAAGUCAUCCUGAUCUCCGGUAUAUGUGCGGUAAUAACAUGUCCGUGCCGCUUCCCUCCAUUGUGCCGGCCGCCCGCAAAGCUACAGCGGCGGUAAUCUUCCUCCAUGGCCUGGGAGAUACAGGACAUGGCUGGGCUGAGGCUAUGGCUGGGAUCAGGACCCCUUAUGUCAAGUACAUUUGCCCUCACGCACCAGUAAUGCCAGUUACCCUUAACAUGAACAUGGCAAUGCCUUCCUGGUUUGAUAUCAUUGGGUUGGGUCCAGAUGCAGAGGAGGAUGAGACUGGGAUUAAAAAGGCUGCAGAAAGCAUCAAUGCUUUGAUCGAUCAGGAGGUAAAGAACGGAAUUCCGUCUCAUCGCAUCGUAUUGGGUGGCUUCUCACAGGGUGGUGCACUAUCACUUUAUACGGCUCUAAAGACCCAUCAGAAACUUGCUGGUGUUGUUGCUCUAAGCUGCUGGCUGCCUCUCAGGAACUCGCUCUCAAAGUCAGCGAUUGGCACUAAUAAGGAUAUACCAGUGCUACAGUGUCACGGUGAAGCAGAUCCUCUGGUUCCUUUGAUCUUUGGGCGUCUUACGGUGGAGAAGCUUAAGACCAUGCUGAAUCCUAACAGCAUCACCUUCAAAACAUAUCCUGGGAUGCCCCACAGCGCCUGCCCAGAGGAAAUGGUGGAUAUAAAACAAUUCAUUGAGAAGCAGCUACCUCCCAUUGACUAAUCAACAACGCCUUAAUGAUCCAUUGUGUUGAUCAGUGGCUACAAGCCCUUUCCAGCUAAUGUCUUGUCAUUUGACUGAACUGACGACAAAACAACCAAAUCCAAAUUCUGGACUAAUCCUGAUCUUGAACUUGUGCAAAUUCAAGACAGUACAAUGGUUCUCAGUUCUUGUUCUGGUAUACUCAUACCCUGCAUAUUUUGUUAGUUUUUCUUGCUUUAACAUGAUUAAUUAAAUCACUCAAUAAACUGGCACUUCCUGA